UGCUCCCUGGGGCCUCACACCCUGCUGAGCUCCAGCUGCUGGGGCUUUCAUGGGAAGGGGUGGGGCUGGUUGAAGAAACCACUUUUUGAAUGCUGGCCAUGGGCUUCUGAGGUCAGAAGGGAUGAACUCAUGGUUGAUGUGUCCCUCUUGAGGAGACCCCCACAGCAUGCCUGAGGUCCAGCACUGGCUGUGUGCCACUGCUGCCCGGUGGGGCAGCUCAGCAAGGAUCAUUUCAACAAAGACUUGGCAACUCCACACAAUAAACCAAACAAUUUCAACAUCUGCUUGGGUUGCAUUCAGUUUUUCUCGUGUUUUGCUUUGUGGGUUGAAUAAACUACUUCCUUCUUGCUCGGGAGGAGUUAAUGAUUUAUGGGUCAGCUGGCAUGACCCCGGGUUCUGCAGAAUUCUGCAGAAAGCUUUUCUCCAUGGAGCCAUAGCUGAGCAUGUAGGCGGAUCAUGACUCCUCCUUUAGCUGUGCCUGGAGCCAGGGGACUGGAUGGGAACAGUCACUGCUUUGUCUUGGAAGUGCUGAAGGCUCCAGGUCUCCAUCUCCUGCCUCCACACCUCCAGAGAUUUGGCCCAGGGAAAGAAUGUGGUAACAUCUGUGGGAUCUCCAGACAGGAAUAAACAUGUCAGCUCUGGAGCCGGGGAGGCAGCGGGAUCGCGCUGCCGUCCUUGGGUCACUCCUCACUGCUGCUCUCAUUGUCACUGUCCACAGUCUCUGCGAUGCUCCGCCCCGUCUCCAGUCUGCAGAGCUCAAGGAGCAGUACCAGAGCACUGCCUCAUUUCCCUACAAUUCCAAGGUGGAAUACGUCUGUCGUCCAGGCUAUGUGAGAAAUCAUCAUGUCAAUAAUGUCCUUGUUUGUGGACUAAACGGGAGGUGGCACGGAUCAAAGGACAUAUGUACAGCCAAGCAUUGCACCAACCCCGGGGAGCCGCCCAACGGCAGACUCGUCCUGGGAGAGGAGCUCAGUUUGGGUUCCUCAGUGAACUUCACCUGCAACACUGGGUACAGACUGGUUGGAAAUUCUAAGAUUACUUGUGUGAUUAAAAAUGGGGCUGUUACGUGGGACAGAGAUAUUCCCAUGUGUGAGGCGAUUCCAUGUGAACCCCCUCCAGAAAUAGCUGAUGGGGAGCACAGUGGGGCUGGCAAGGAGCUCUUUGUGUAUGGGGAGUCCAUCACGUACCGGUGCCGGAGCACCAGGAGGGCAGAGAGACCUUUAUCCUUGGUGGGAGAAGCCUCUGUUUUCUGCACAACCACGGACAAUGUCAAUGGUGUGUGGAGCAGUCCAGCCCCAGAAUGCAAAGUGGUGACCUGUGAGCCUCCAAGGGUGGCGAAUGGGAAGCUGCUGGGUGGGUACAGGUCCGAGUACACCUACGGAGACACCGUCGUGUUCGACUGUAACUUCCGCUACACCCUGAACGGCAGCGGCGCCUCCACGUGCAGGGACAACAACUUCUGGGACCCCCCCCUGCCACUCUGCCAGCUCAGUAGCUGUCCUGACCCUCCAGAUGUGUAUAACGCCAUUAAAGCCAGACUUGCUGGCAAUCUGUUCCCUGUGGGCACUGUGAUCACCUACGAGUGCCUGGAGGGCCACCAGUUCAGCGCGGGAGAAACCACGCGGGACAUCCACUGUGGGCCGAACUUCACGUGGGAUGAAAUCCCCCCACCAUGUGAAAGAAUUCGUUGCCCAGACCCACACAUCCCAAACAGAAAGUACACAUGGUACGAGAGAGACAGUUACGUGUAUGGAAACACACUGGAAGUUACGUGCAAAGAUGGGUUUGCCUUCAAAGGUCGUGGCAGCAGCAUCACACUUCGGUGUAUGAGUGAUGGCAGAUGGGAUCCAGAGCCACCAGAGUGCCUUCCAGAACCUCAGUGCCCAAAGCCAGACAUUCUUCACGGAGUAGAGGUUCAUAAAAGCAAAAGUGACUACACAGUGGGGACCCAAGUGCAGCUGACUUGUGAUGAGGGCUUUUUCCUCCGGGGCCCGGACUCGACCGAGUGUCAGGCUGAUACAACCUGGGCUCCUACCUUGCCCUUUUGUGACAAAGCCUGUGGCCCUCCUCCAAAAAUCUCCAGUGGGCAGCACGAUGGCAUGGGUAAGAAGUUCUACUACGGUGCCAGCGUGACCUACACCUGCCCAGAGGGUCUGUCCCUCAUCGGGGACGAAUCCAUCUACUGCACCUCUGAUGAUGGGGAGAACCUGACGUGGAGUGGACCUGCCCCAGAGUGCAGGGUGGUUCGGUGCCCCAAGCCCGUGGUCGAGAGGGGAAGGAUGACCCCCCAGAGGUUCACCUUUCCCUAUGGGGUGGUGCUGCAGUUCUCCUGUGAUGAAGGCUUCGCCCUGAGUGGUGCUGCAGAGAGUCAGUGCCAGGCUGAUGGCAGCUGGCACCCUCCUGUGCCCACCUGCCAGCCAGUUCGGUGUUACAGACCCCCAUGGGACCAGGAGUUAGUGUUAACUCGGAACAAAUUGUGGUAUGAGGUGAAUGAAACUCUGUCCUUCUCCUGCAAACGUAAUGGGCGGUUAGGGCUGUCUUCAAAAACUACCUGCUCAGCUAAUGGCACCUGGGUACCACCUCUCACAUGUAAAAAGCGUGAGACCUGUGAGAAGAUUCUUCAAAAUAAAGCAGCUUUCGAGUGUGGAAUUCCUCUGACAGAACUGAAAACCCUGCUGGAAGUCCAGAAACUCUACCUGGAGAUCCAGAAACUUGAAAGGGAGCUAGAAAUCAGAGCAUACAGAUGGAUGGAUCCGAGGGCACAGCAGUGCCACAUCUCUGGGGGUGAGGCCAGGAUGCUGCAGGGUGGUUCCAGCUGUAAAAUACCUUUAUUCCCUCUUUUCCCCCCAGGGAAGAGGGCAGAGCAGCCUUCCCUCCCAUGGCAGGACCUUGCUGGAGAGCUCAGGGAGGGCAGCCCUGGCCGUGGGCAGGUCAGAAGGGCUGGGGAGGGGGUGGUGUCAGCGUGGCUUGCCUGGUCUGACCCCAGCUUCCCACAGUUGCUUCCCCUUCCCCGUGGGGCUGUCAGCAGGGACAGGAUUUCUCCUUCCCACAGCACUGGUCUGGCAGCUCCUCACACCAUGCCAGGGCUCCUCUGCCCCCCUGGGCAGCUCCUGGCACUGGUGGUGCUUCUGCUGCAGCCGACUGGGAGCCUCGAGAUCCAGUGCCCCAUCCCUCAUAUUUCAAAUGGUCAGCUGAAACCUGCAGAGAACUUCACCUCUGGCAGCACAGCCACGCUCGAGUGCGACCCCGGCUACACGGCCCUGGGUGCCACCACGGUGCGGUGCCUGGCCAGCGGCAGGUGGUACCCACGGGUGCCAGCCUGCACCCCAGGUCAGUGUUCCAGCCCUCCUGCUGUCGACCACGCGGACCUAAACCAUCGGCACGAGUUUCUAGUCGGGACCACCCUGAUCUACUCCUGCAGACACGGGUUCACUUUGAUCCCUGGAGCGUCUCCAACAACUACUUGUCUUAACAAUUUCACGUGGUCCACAGUCCCAAAGCUUUGCCAGAAGGUGCAGUGUCCCAUCCCAGUUAUCCCUCACGGGAGGGAGAUCAGCGCCAGGAAAAGCGAGUACACCUUUGGGCACCAGGCAGAAUUCCACUGUGACCAUGGCUACGUGCUGAAGGGCAGCCAGAGGACCCAGUGCUCGUCUGAGGGGACGUGGAGACCCCCCAUCCCAUACUGUGACAGGGUCUGUGAUCCCCCUCCCAAAAUCUCCAAUGGGCAGCACUCUGCCUUGGGGACUAAGCAGUUCCCAUAUGGCUUUGAAGUCAAGUACACCUGUAUGGAGGGUCUGUCCCUCAUUGGGGACGAAUCCAUCUACUGCACCUCUGAUGAUGGGGAGAACCUGACAUGGAGUGGACCUGCCCCGGAGUGCAGGGUGGUUCGGUGCCCCAAGCCCGUGGUCGAGAGGGGAAGGAUGACCCCCCAGAGGUUCACCUUUCCCUACGGGGUGGUGCUGCAGUUCUCCUGUGAUGAAGGCUUUGGACUGAGUGGUGCUCCAGAGAGCCAGUGCCAGGCUGAUGGCAGCUGGCACCCUCCUGUGCCCACCUGCCAGCCAGUUCUGUGUCCACAACCACGGGUGGCCUAUGGAAGGCUGCAAAGCCCUUUGGAUGAUAAAACGUGGUACCAGAUCAACGAGACUGUUACUUUGGGAUGUGCCCCUGGGUACCAGUUUUCAGAUGAUGGGAACAUGUCUUUAGAAGACUCCUGGACAGCCACGUGCCUGCCUGAUGGCAACUGGACACCACUGCCCAAGUGUAAGAAAGAAGGUGAUGCUGAUGUAUGUGAAGAAGUUCACUACAUUAAAUCGGCCUUUGAGUGCGGGCUGCCUGUAGCAGAAGUGAAAGCUCUGCUGGAAAUCCAAAAGCUGUUUCUGGAGAUUAAAAAACUAGAGGUGGAACUAGAAAAGUAGAGCAAAACUGGAGUCCUGUAAUGCACUGUAACAACCACGUUUCCUUCGGUGAACACAGACUUUGUGCAGUCACAGUAUCUAUAAAAAGGCUCUGGAUGAUUUUAUGGUUUAUUUUUGCAUA